AUGGUCUCAAAAGAAGAGCUUAUUGAGCGACCUUGUGUCACCUUACCCCAGGGCAAGAUCCGGGGGAUCCUGCAAAAAGAACUGUUUCCCCAGACAGUCGAGUGUUUCUUGGGUUUCCCAUACGCAAAAGCGCCGGUUGGGGACCUUCGCUUCCGGCCACCAGCCAAACUCGGCCCUUCCUCAGACACAUUCGAUGCCUCUGCAUAUGGCUCAGCUGCACCCGGAAAACCUCUAAUACCUCCACGCAUUCCACUUGUUUAUAGCGAGGACUGUUUGACAGUCAAUGUGUUUCGGCCGGCCGGGAGAGAGAACAAUGGCAAUCUUUUGCCAGUUGCAAUCUAUGUUCAUGGUGGUGCCUUUAAUCGAGGACAUUCCUCCAUGCAGGAUACGGCUUCCAUGGUGGCUUGGUCCGAAGAGGCUUUCAUUGCCGUCUCAUUCAAUUAUAGAGUCGGGGCACUCGGAUUUCUACCUUCCACAAAAUCUGCUGAGGAGGGAAUAAUAAACCUUGGUAUGCAAGACCAGCGAUUCCUCCUGGAAUGGGUUCAAGAAAACAUUCACAAUUUUGGUGGUGACAAGAAAAACGUCACAUUGAUAGGACUGUCCGCAGGAGCAAUCACUAUUGGACACUUUCUGUUCCACUACAGCGACAAACCAGAUCGUCCAUUUCACAGGGCAAUUAUUCAAUCUGGCUCACCAACCUCGAGAGACUGCCGGCCAUACAAUGCAGCCGUCAUCGAAGGUUACUUCAACGAAUUUCUAUCUCAGGCCGGCUGUCCUCAGGAUCUUUCGGCUACAGAGACGUUCGCAUUUCUACGUGGACUGCCUCUUUCGACCAUCACUGAUGCCCAGUCCGCUGUGUUCAAUAAAUACAAGCCGACAAUGCAAUGGGCAUUUCGUCCUGUGAUAGACGGAGAUCUCAUACCGCGGCCACCAAUGGAGAGCUGGCAUCUGGGUCGUUAUUGCAAGAUUCCCAUCAUGACUGGUUUCUGUACGAACGAAGGGUCACUAUUCAUGGAUCUCAAACUAUCCAAAUCGCAUCAAUUUACAGAAUUCAUGCGGACUUUACUCCCAAAUCUACCCGACGAAGAUAUUGAUCAUCUAAAUGAACUAUACCCAGAUCCACUCCUAGGAGACACGACCUAUCAAGACGAACGAGUCGGAAAAGACAUUGGAGCACAAUACAUGCGUACUGAAGCCGCCUAUGGCCAAUAUUCUCUCAUUGCACCGAUUCGCCAAAUCGCCCACCUAGCAUCUUCGCAGCAGGACGCUGGCCCCGUAUAUCUAUACCACUGGGACGUCUUCACGACCCUAUUCCACGGCGCCGCCCACGGCGACAACCUUCGAUACGAAACAUUCGAGCACGGCACCACAUCGCUCUCGCCGGGACAGGAAGAAGUCGCGGGUUUCCUCCACGCUUACAUCACGAGUUUCAUCUGCCACAAUGGCGAUCCGAACCGCAUUGCUGGCAGAUGGAAGCAUCGUCCGAGUUGGCAGCCAUACACACACGACCAACCCUUGACUAUGAUCCUGGGAAAAGGCAAUAGAGAGCUUAUUGGUGGUGAUGUGGGUGUUGCGGCCGAGUUGGUGCGUGAAACCUGGGCGUUGGACCAGUGUCGGUUCUGGUGGGAGAGGACGGAACGGACACAGCAGUAG